ACCUAAGUGAAACACAACACAACUAAAACUUUUCUAUUCAUUUUCACAACAAUGGCACAACGUUGCUAUAGCUCCUCCAUCUUGGUUCUCAUCUCUUUGCUUCUUUUGCUUACAUUCUCUAAUGUAGCUGAGGCUUAUGGACGAGCAAAACUUCGUCCUUCAGAUUGUAAACCAAGGUGUAGUUAUCGUUGUUCUGCAACUUCACACAAGAAGCCAUGCAUGUUUUUCUGCCAAAAAUGUUGUGCUGCAUGUUUAUGUGUUCCACCGGGUGUAUAUGGAAACAAGCAAGUUUGUCCUUGUUACAACAGCUGGAAGACAAAGGAAGGAAGACCAAAAUGCCCUUAAGAUAUAUUAAGAAAUGUAAUAUUUAUAAUUUGGAAAUGCUAAUUGAUUUCAUACUAUAGUGUAUGAAAGGUGGGUGAUUUUACUUUUCAAUGACACUCACCAUGUAUGAUCUUGUCCUUUUAACCAUAAUAUGAAGGUUGGAAGGCUUAUUAAAUUUUGGCAUUAUGUUUUUCAAUGUUGUUUUCUUAUACUCUACAAUAAAAGCAAUGCUUUGUUGCUCUUUGUAGUACUAUAAUAAUAAUAAUAUAAUUAGUUGAAUUUGUGUA